AUGUCUGGAUCACAGCUCCACAAACUCCAGCUCCACAAACUCCAGCUCCACAAACUCGAGCACCACAAACUCCAGCACCACCACAAACUCCUGCACCACCACAAACUCCAGCACCACAAACUCCAGCACCACAAACUCCAGCACCACCACAAACUCCUGCACCACCACAAACUCCAGCACCACAAACUCCAGUACCACAAACUCCAGCACCACAAAAUCCAGCACAACAAAAUCCAGCACCACAAACUCCUGCACCACCACAAACUCCAGCACCACAAACUCCAGCACCACAAACUCCAGCACCACAAACUCCAGCACCACAAACUCCAGCACCACAAACUCCACCACCACAAACUCCAGCACCACAAACUCCAGCACCACCACAAACUCCAGCACCACAAACUCCACACCACAAACUCCACCACCACAAACUCCAGCACCACAAACUCCAGCACCACAAACUCCAGCACCACAAACUCCAGCACCACAAACACCACCACCACAAACUACAGCACCACAAACUCCAGCACCACCACAAACUCCAGCUCCACAAACUCCACCACCACAAACUCCAGCACCACCACAAACUCCAGCACCACAAACUCCAGCACCACAAACUCCAGCACCACAAACUCCAGCUCCACAAACUCCAGCACCACCACAAACUCCACCACCACAAACUCCACCACCACAAACUCCACCACCAAAAACUCCAGCACCACAAACUCCAGCACCACCACAAACUACAGCACCACAAACUCCAGCUCCACAAACUCCAGCACCACAAACUCCAGCACCACAAACUCCAGCACCACAAACUCCAGCACCACAAACUCCAGCACCACAAACUCCAGCACCACCACAAACUCCACCACCACAAACUACAGCACCACAAACUCCAGCUCCACAAACACCAGCACCACAAACUACAGCUCCACAAACUCCAGCACCACCACAAACUCCACCACCACAAACUCCAGCACCACAAACUCCAGCACCACCACAAACUCCACCACCACAAACUCCAGCACCACAAACUCCAGCACCACCACAAACUCCAGCACCACAAACUCCAGCACCACAAACUCCACCACCACAAACUCCAGCACCACAAACUCCAGCACCACCACAAACUCCACCACCACAAACUCCAGCACCACAAACUCCAGCACCACCACAAACUCCAGCUCCACAAACUCCAGCACCACCACAAACUCCAGCACCACAAACUCCAGCACCACAAACUCCAGCACCACCACAAACUCCAGCACCACAAACUCCAGCACCACCACAAACUCCAGCACCACCACAAACUCCACCACCACAAACUCCACCACCACAAACUCCAGCACCACCACAAACUCCAGCACCACAAACUCCAGCACCACAAACUCCAGCACCACAAACUCCACCACCACAAACUCCAGCACCACCACAAACUCCAGCACCACAAACUCCAGCACCACAAACUCCAGCACCACAAACUCCAGCACCACCACAAACUACAGCACCACAAACUCCAGCUCCACAAACACCAGCUCCACAAACUCCACCACCACAAACUCCAGCACCACAAACUCCACCACCACAAACUCCAGCACCACAAACUCCCCACCACAAACUCCAGCACCACCACAAACAACAGCACCACAAACUCCAGCACCACCACAAACUCCACCACCACAAACUCCAGCACCACAAACUCCAGCACCACAAACUCCAGCACCACCACAAACUCCAGCACCACCACAAACUCCAGCACCACAAACUCCACCACCACAAACUCCACCACCACAAACUACAGCACCACAAACACCAGCACCACAAACUACAGCUCCACAAACUAACUACAGCACCACAAAUUCCAUACUACAAAUUCCAGUACUACAAAUUCCAGUACUACAAAUUCCAGUACUACCAAUGAUCGUCCGAGGCCAUUUUGUGUCCCAAUCAUCUGGUCGACAUUACAACAACGACGCCAUACAAUUGGUACUCUAA